AUGAAACCAAGAGUUCCGCACAGGUUCCCUUUACUCUCUUACCAUACUCGUUACCUUAACCACACUAAACCCUUCACUUCCUUCGCUAAAAAGCUUCCAACACCUCAAUCUCGCCCCUCUAUCAACGCUGGAAAUGGAAGCUCUCGAGGGGAUUCUUCUUAUCUUCUACCUGGAGCAACAGUUGCUACCAUACUUAUGCUUGGCGCUCUCCAUGCCAGACGAAUGUAUGAUGACAAGAAGACUGAGGAGAUGCGAGAAAAAGGAAUUGAGGUGGAGUUCCAACCGGAUGUGAAGGCUUCAUUUUUGAGAUUACUGCCUCUGCGAUCAAUUUCUAGAUGUUGGGGACAGUUGACUAGCUUGGAAAUACCAGUGUGGUUAAGGCCGCACGUAUAUAGAGCUUGGGCUCGGGCAUUCCAUUCAAAUUUAGAAGAAGCUGCUUUACCUCUGGACAAGUAUACAUCUUUAAAGGAAUUUUUUGUCCGUGCUUUGAAAGAAGGUUCCAGGCCUAUCGAUGCUGAUCCACAAUGUCUGAUCAGUCCUGUGGAUGGUACAAUCUUAAGAUUUGGAGAGUUGAAAGGAGCGGGGGCAAUGAUUGAACAAGUGAAAGGGUUUUCUUAUCCUGUUUUUUCCCUUCUUGGUGCAAGAUCUCUCCUUCCAACGACAGCUGAUAGCGAUGUGCAAGAGGAGCAUAGUGAAUCAUUAGCAACUACCAAGAAGAGCAAGAAAUCAUGGUGGAGAGUUUCAUUAGCUUCUCCAAAAGUUUGGGACCCAACACUAUCUUGCCCAAAGAGAGGCCUUUUUUACUGUGUGAUUUACUUAAAGCCUGGAGAUUACCAUCGGAUACAUUCCCCAGUUGACUGGAAUAUUCUUGUUCGCAGACAUUUUUCUGGAAAUCUUUAUCCUGUGAACGAACGUGCUACAAGAACAUUUAGAAACCUUUAUAUUGAGAACGAGAGGGUUGUCCUUGAAGGUGUAUGGCAGGAAGGGUUUAUGGCACUUGCUGCAGUUGGCGCUACAAAUAUUGGGUCAAUUAAGCUUUUCAUUGAGCCGGAACUUCAGACAAAUAAGCCAACGAAGAAGUCACUGCAUUCAGAGCCUCCUGAAGAACGGGUCUAUGAUAGUGAAGGUGUUGGUAGAGUACUCAAGAAAGGGGAUGAGUUAGGUGCUUUCAACAUGGGAUCAACUGUUGUGCUUGUUUUUGAAGCUCCAAUUUCAAAACUGCUUCGUGAGGGCGAUUCAUCAGAAGAGUUCAAUUUCUCUGUCAAAUGUGGGGAUAGAAUACGGGUUGGCGAGGCUCUAGGGAGAUGGCAUAGUUCGUGA